CAUGCUCCACCCGCUUUUUCCCAGCCAGCCGUACCCUCUCACUUCCAGCCCAGUCCUGGCAAAUGAAACUCCCUGAUUUCUAGUGGUGCUUGUAGUCCCCAAGGAUACCAACACAUAUUGGCUUGACAUAUAAAAGACUUGGAAGUUUCUUUUCCAGAGACCUUGCUUCACUAACAACACUGAGGUAUUCCUGGCUUUGCAAAUAAGACUCCUGACUGGGAAUGUUUCUUCUGCAAAUUCUUCUCCAGUCUUGGGUUCUCUAUCACUGGGCAUAUGGUGAAGGAACUCAUACCUUCAUCAUGACAUUGACUGCCAACUUUUCAAAAGGCAACUCUGCAAAAUUUGUAGGCAAUGCCACCCUAGAUGGGAUUCUGACCCAUAGCUUGGAGGGUCGUACUGAACAUCUGAACGUGAGCCAACUGUUACCAUUGGAGGCACCCAACCUCUGGGAACAGACAGAAAGCAAACUGCAAAAAUACCUAGAGAGUUUCCAGGGAAUGGUUAUGAUACUCUCCAAGGAAAAGAUCAUAUCUUAUCCCAUAUCCAUAUAUUGCACAAAGGGGUGCGAAGUGUCUGAAAAUGGCACCAGAAGCUUCUACAAGAUUUUGCUGAAUGGAAGUGAUUUCCUGAAAUUUCACACAAAGAGUAAUAACUGGGAAGGUUUGUCUAACACUUUGGUGGCCGAUUAUACCGUUAAGAAGCUGAAUCAAUUCCAAGAGACAACUACCAAUCUACAGUUCUUCCUACAGGAAACAUGUGCCAACUUUGUAAGGAUGUAUACUAACAACAAAGAAGCCAGUACUGGUAGGGCAACGGGAAGGACCUUCACACACUCCAUUGGUGAUAGGCAUCACUAUCGGUGCUCUUGCUCUAAUGGGAUUAGCUGUUUGCCUGUUCUUGUGUACAGGUGGGAAGAGAUAGCAGAAGCACUGACACACAACGGAACCAUCAGCUUUCUUGGUUUCUCAAUGGAGCCGAUUGGAAAAAAACAUGCAGGACUCGUAUGCGGGGAAACAACUGCCACUAUGAUAAAUAUAGGCAUCUUGUAUCUUUCUGGUUGGUGUAGGUGGUUUUGGACUAGGAGGCCCAGACUAAAGUUCCCACCUCACCAGAGUUCAUUCAUCACUUUGAGUCAGUCACUUUCAAUCCAACUCAACCCAAUAUGCCUGUUUUCUUUUGGCAUUGUAUUUUAUCAUGCUGAGAGCCAGUUCAGUCGUUUCUGUGUAGGAAAACACAAGAUUUUUUAAAAUCAUGCUGUGUAUACCUGUUUAUUUUCAUAUUGUGCUGUUUUUUUUUAUUGUGACCAUGUUGUGUUUUAUUAUGUUCUGUCAGCGAAGUUUUAAUUUGUACUGUACUAUACCUCAUUUUGGGGAGGUAUUUAACAAUGAGAUUUGCAUGUUCUUUUAUUCCUUUACCCAUCAGGCAAAUACAGUAUAAAAAUCUAGAAUGCCUGAAUGUCUUUCUAUGUUCAUCUUUAAAGGAUCCUGAUACAAUUAUAGUUGUAUGAAAAAUUUUAGGCAUCCCUGAUCAGAUCACAUUAGAGUUUUAACAAAGGAAGUACACUGGUGGUAUGAUACACUUCAGUUGAUUUGGGGUGGCUCUUUCUAUACUUCCCUCCAUGCCUGUAGUUCCAAAGACAAUCUAUGAUGUUAAAUCCAGUGAUGUGAGAAAUCUUAUAAGCCUUGGACCUUUAAGAGCAUUCAGAAUUAGCAACUAUAUGUUUUACAUUAAAUUGGGUCAAGCUAGAAAUAAUGCUUCUCUCAAGAGAUUUUUACAGAAUGUCUUCAGAAUUUUACUAGAAAUUAGGAUUCCACUGUUUUUUCUGGAUGCUUAGGAUUAGUGCUUACCAAGAAAACAUGAGGUAAUAACUCCAUGCAUUUUAUCCUCAUAACACUGAGCAGGCGGCCAACAAUUGUGAAACUGUUUCCUGUUCAUCACUUCUAAGUGCUCUAAAGAUCCUCCACAAUUGCUCAGUUAAUUAAGGAUCUUAUUAGCUGUUCACCAGAAUUUAGACCUGGGGCUUUCAGUUAUGAGCUGACAUCAUAUACUUAAAUUAAAAAAGCAUUUUACCUGUC